AUGGCCAACCCCGUCCAGGAAUUCAACGACGUCUUCCCCGUCCUCGCCGACGAGUUGAUCGCUCACCUCCGUUCCAUCCACAUCCCCGAGAACGCCAUCGAGUGGUUCGACAGAUCUAUGCGCCACAACGUUCUCGGAGGCAAGAUGAACCGUGGAUUGACUGUUGCCGAGACUCUCCGCAUCCUCAAGCGCGGCGAGGAGUUGUCCAAGGAGGAGAUCUUCAAGGCCAACCUCUUGGGCUGGUGCAUUGAGUGGCUCCAAGCCUUCUUCUUGGUCUCUGACGAUAUCAUGGACAAUAGCAAGACCCGCCGUGGCCAGCCCUGCUGGUACCGCGUUGGCGGUGUUGGCAUGGUCGCCAUCAACGACGCGUUCAUCCUCGAGUCUGCCAUCUACUUCUUCCUCAAGAAGCACUUCAAGAAGGAUGCCUACUACGUCGAGUUGAUCGAGCUCUUCCACGAGACCACCUACCAGACCGAGUUGGGCCAGCUCUUGGACUUGAUCACCGCCCCCGAGGAUGAUAUUGAUCUCACCCGCUUCUCCAUCGAGAAGCACGCCUUCAUCGUCCGCUACAAGACCGCCUACUACUCCUUCUACCUCCCCGUCGCUCUCGCCAUGCACAUGGCUGGCGUCAAGGAUGAGGCUGCCUUCAAGCAGGCCGAGGAUAUUCUCUUGCCCCUUGGCGAGUACUUCCAGGUCCAGGAUGACUACCUCGACUGCUACGGCAACCCCGAGGUCAUCGGCAAGAUCGGUACCGAUAUCGAGGACAACAAGUGCUCCUGGUUGAUCAACCAGGCCCUUGACAAGGCCACCCCCGAGCAGGUCAAGGUUCUUCACGAGAACUACGGUCGCCGCGAUGAGGUCAACGUGAUUGCCGUCAAGGAGGUCUACAACGAGAUCGGCGUCGAGGGUCUCUUCAAGGCCUACGAGGAGGAGUCCUUCACCCGCUUGAACGCCCUCAUUGCCAAGAUCGAUCACCCCCUCUUGUCCCAGGAUGUCUUCACCUCCUUCAUGAAGCGCAUCUACAAGCGUACCAAGUAA